AUGUACUUCUUUCUCUCCAACCUCUCAUUUUCUGAUAUCUGUCUCACCUCUGCCACCAUCCCAAAGAUGUUGGUGAACAUCCAGACACGGAGCAAAGUCAUCACCUAUACAGACUGCAUCACCCAGACAUGCAUUUUCAUACUUUUUGGAGGGCUGGAAAACUUCCUCUUGGCUGUGAUGGCCUAUGACCCGUAUGUGGCCAUCUGCCAACCCCUGCACUAUACGGUCAUUAUGAACCCCAGGCUCUGUGUGUUGCUGGUUCUGUUGUCCUGGAUCAUGAGUGUCCUGAAUUCACUAUUAAAUAGUUUAAUGGCAUUGUGGCUGUCCUUCUGUACACACAUGGAAAUCCCUCACUUUUUCUGUGAACUUAAUCAGCUGAUUCACCUAGCCUGCUCCAACACUUUAAUUAAUGACACAGGGUUGUAUUUUGCAGCUGGGGUGGUGGCCAGUGGUCGCUUUACUGGGAUCCUUUACUCUUAUUCUAAGAUAGCUUCCUCCAUUUGUGCAAUCUCAUCAGCUCAGAGGAAGCACAAAGCAUUUUCCACCUGUGCCUCUCACCUUUCAGUGAUCUCUUUAUUUUAUUGUACAAUCCUAGAUGUGUACCUUAGUGCUGGUGCUCCCCACAACUCACACUCAAUUUCUGCCAUAGAGUGCAGACAUUGA